GCUGCACCUGCGUUAGGUGUAAUGCAGCUGGUGCUCUCUCCGGUGGAGACAAUGCAGCCCCCCAUAUUCGUGUGGCAAAGCGCAGUGCAAAGCCGGGAGGGGAGGUACGGGCAGCGGUUCGGCCAUGGGGUGCUCUCUCUCAGCCAGGAUACAUGCUGAUGGCUUUAUGUGACCUCAAGCUGUGCAGUUGGCGAGCCGAUCCUGUGAGAAGAUGCUGUCUGUAAACUCUGAUGGGAAGGUCCUUGUCAGGAGAUGUUUCCUCACCCUCAGACCCUUCCGGAUAUUUGUUCUGGGCAUCGGAUUUUUUACGCUGUGCUUCCUGAUGACCUCACUGGGGGGUCAGUUCUCAGCCAAACGGCUGGCGGACUCACCCUUCACCAUUCGGACAGAGGUGCUGGGCACAGGAGAGUCAAGGGGGGCUCUGCGGCGAAUGAAUGACAUUUUGGAGACACUGGUGAGGAGAAUGGACAUGUUGGCGCGCCUGGAAAAUGCCAGUGAAUACCGUAGAGGAGAAGAAGCUGAACAUUAUGGGCUGGAAGGCUUGCAGACAGUUGGGCUGAUGGAGAAGAUCCAGGCCAUCGCUCAAAACGUGUCUGACAUUGCAGUGAAAGUAGAUCAGAUUCUGCGGAACAGCCUUCUCCGAUCAAAGGUGAUGGAAGGCCAGAGAGACCUCUGCGAUAUCCCUCGAGACCCUCGUUUUCCAGACUGUUCUGGGAAGGUUGAGUGGAUGCGCUCUCGCUGGACGUCGGAUCCCUGCUAUGCCUACUACGGGGUGGAUGGUACAGAGUGCUCCUUUCUGGUUUACCUUAGUGAAGUGGAAUGGUUCUGCCCAGUUUUGCCUUGGAGGAACCAGACGGUCGGCUCUUAUUCCAAGUACCGGCCCAAGAAACAGGCUGCCUUCCGUACGGAGCUCUCCUCCCUGCUGGACUUAAUGGGAACUGGCAAGGAGUCUCUGAUCUUCAUGAAGAAAAGGCUGCGCAGAUUAGAGGCUCAGUGGCUGCUGGCAGCUAGGAGACUGGAGAAUAAGGUUUUGGACACGCCGAAAGAGCAGAAGCAGAUCCUUGUUCAUAUCGGAUUCCUGACGGAAGAGUCAGGGGAUGUUUUCAGUCCGCGGGUGCUGAAGGGCGGGCCUUUGGGCGAGAUGGUGCAGUGGGCAGACAUUUUAGCGGCUCUCUAUAUUUUAGGGCACAGCCUGAAAAUUACAGUGUCUGUCAAGGAGCUGCAAAGUUACUUAGGGGUUCCUCCUGGGAGGGGCAAUUGUCCUCUGACCGACCCACUGCCCUUUGACCUCAUCUACACGGAUUAUCACGGAAUGCAGCAGAUGAAACAGCAUAUGGGUCUCUCCUUUAGGAAAUACAGGUGCCGCUUGCGUGUAGUCGACACCUUUGGGACAGAGCCGGCCUAUAACCAUGAAGAGUAUGCCACGCUCCACGGCUAUCGUACCAACUGGGGCUACUGGAACCUGCAUCCCAAGCAGUUCAUGACCAUGUUCCCUCACACUCCAGACAAUUCCUUCAUGGGUUUUGUGACAGAUGAGCUAAACGAUACAGAGCGCCGGCAAGUGGCGCAGAACAAAGUUCGGAAUAUGGCUGUGGUGUACGGGAAAGAAGCUGCCAUGUGGAAGCUACAGGGAAAAGAGAAGUUCCUAUCUGUCUUGCAUAAGCACAUGGAAAUCCACGGCACUGUUUAUUUUGAAACACAGCGCCCCCCGGAGGUCCCUGCAUUUGUGAAGAACCACGGCUUACUGCCCCAACAGGACCUGCAGCAGCUGCUGAAAAAGGCCAAGCUUUUCAUUGGCUUUGGAUUUCCUUAUGAAGGCCCUGCCCCUUUGGAAGCAGUAGCCAAUGGUUGUGUGUUCCUGCAGCCUCGUUUCAAUCCCCCACACAGCUCUCUCAACCAUGAAUUUUUCCGUGGGAAACCGACCUCUCGUGAGGUCUCUUCUCAGCAUCCAUACAUGGAGAUGGCCGUUGGGAAACCACAUGUUUUAACAGUCGACUACAACAACACGCAGGAGUUUGAGGCAGCCAUCAAGGCAAUUUUAAGGAGCAAGGUGGAGCCCUACUUACCGUACGAAUACACUAGCGAGGGAAUGCUGCAGAGACUCCAUGCUUACAUUCAGCAUCAGGAGUUUUGCUCACCCUCUAUGUCCUCCCCCUAUUCCAUAAAUGGGUCCCAAGGCCUUCACACCCCUCCCUUGCUCCUCGUUAAUCACACACACCUGGUGUGGCCCCCGAACGUACCCCUUCCCCAUAUCUGGCCCCCAGUCACUUCCAUGCAGGUUUGGCUGUCGGAAGAAGGGGAAUCCUGCACCAAUGCAUGCUGGGAGCGCAAUCUAGUCUGUGAGCCGAGUUUCUUCAUCUUCAUCAACCAGCAACGCUUACUAGAGCAGUUGGGUGCUCUGUGUGACAGCACCGAGUCCGUGAUGAGCCACCUCUACCCAGCGGUGUCCCUGGCGGUCCGUGAAUGUUACCUGCAGAGGGAGCCACUGCUGUUCAGCUGUUCCGGGCAUAGUAACAAAUUUCGACGACUGUGCCCCUGCAGAGACUAUCAGCCUGGACAAGUAGCCUUGUGUCGGGAUUGCUCUUGAGCCAAGCACUAUGUGCCACUGUCGUACUGCCGACGGCCAUCGGAGUGAGCACAGCAUGGAAACAUUCUGCACCCUUAAUAGUUUUCUACUCAAUCCCAUUAGCUGCUGUGUCCCAGCCCUGGGGUUUUAUGCUGCAGCAUAUGGCAAUACUAAGCACUGACCUUACAGGCACAUGGUGAACACAAGCCACAUCCUUCUGGUGAUCCUUCAUCUUCCCUUGUUGGCCUCAAUGGCUUUCUACAAUUAAAAGCACAAUGCUUAGGCUGA